CUCGCCAGAACGGUAAUUUCAGGCAUCCUGUUCCAGGCGUUCCGUCGCGCGGUGGGAUGCCUGGGAAUGAGCCAACGUUUUGAGUGCUGCGGACAGCUGGGUUGAGAAUGAUGUCAUCACCAGGCAUGGGUACCCCCAGUGACCCCCUCUUGUCUAGCCCUUUGGGGAGGUCAAGUGCGGCUCAUGAAUGUAGCAUAUGGAAGAGCACACUCCCCAAAACGGCUAGCUUCCCCACGUCCACCACGCGCCACCUCAGUCACCGUGCCAACAACUUCCAAAGACACCCGAAGCAUCGCAAACUGAUCCGACCGUCGCCCCCCCCGCCGCCCAACACGCCCUGUCCUCUGGGCCAGCUGGACCUCAGUGAGAUCCCGCCGAGACGCACGUUCCCAGAGUUGGUCUUCAACGGCUGCGUACUGUUUGGCAUCGAGUUCAGCUACGCCAUGGAAACGGCAUACGUCACCCCGGUGCUUCUUCAGAUGGGUCUGCCCGACCAGUUCUACAGCCUGGUGUGGUUCAUAAGUCCCAUACUUGGCUUCCUGGUUCAGCCUUUCUUAGGAGCCUGGAGUGAUCGCUGUACAUCCCGGUUUGGUCGGAGGAGGCCAUUCAUUUUUGCGUUGGCGAUAGGUGCUCUGCUGGGUUUAACUCUGGUUCUCAAUGGGCGAGACAUUGGCAGUGCAUUGGCCGACACAGCAACCAAUCACAAGUGGGGUAUCAUCCUGACAAUCUGCGGUGUUGUGCUGAUGGACUUCAGUGCAGACUCCGCAGACAACCCCAGUCAUGCCUACAUGAUGGACGUGUGCAGCCCGGAAGACCAGGAUCGGGGUCUGAACAUCCAUGCAUUGCUGGCAGGACUGGGAGGCGGGUUUGGAUACAUCGUGGGGGGGAUCAACUGGGACAACACAGAGUUCGGAAGAUCAAUGGGAGGGCAGCUUCGGGUCGUGUACCUUUUUACCAGUGUUACCCUAGUCGUCGCCACGGUGAUGACCCUGAACAGUAUUCCAGAACGGCCGCUGCCAAAGAACCAGGGCUCCUCCGGUAAAAGCCAUCUGAAGAGCCCCAGCCUCGCUCUCCCCCCCUCUCCCCCUGUCGCCCCUGGGGCAAUGCCUGGGCUGGAGGAGGAGGAUGAUGAGGGGGGACUUUACGGCUACCAGUACACAGAGCACUUUACCCGCCACCGCGAACCCUUGGGUCAGUCUAGCAGUGCCAGCGCGCGCCUCUGCGAAGGCCUCGCCAGCCCCAUUUCCCCCAUGAGCCCCCUCACGCCCAAAUACGGCAGCUUCAUAAGCAGGGACGGCUCCCUCACAGGCAUCAACGAGUUUGCCUCCUCCCUGGGAACCUCCUAUAUCGACAGUGUGCUCAUAGACUGCUACGUAGGCCAGCAGAGCCCACAGCCUGUGGACAGUGACGCAACAGCCCGGCCUUUGGCUACGGGGGACUCACCCCAUCCUCAGGUGACUGCGGGCCAGCUCGAGGCAAAUGCUGGAGGGGGGACUAAACCCCCCAUCGAGGCCAACCCAGCCGCCCUUCUUAUCCAGCAAGCAGUGGGACCUCCGACAGGAGAGGAAGCUGCAGGCGCCCCUCAGGGUGCGGCUGGAUCGCAUCAAGGCUCAAGUGCUGGCAUCCUGAAGCGUCCCCAGAGCCUUGCACUAAUGAGUGAUCUCAUGGAAACGGAAGUUGUCGGUGUGGAGAACGGUCGCAGGAGGACAGUGACAUUCAGCCAGCAGGUAGCAAACAUAUUGCUAAAUGGGGUGCGCUAUGAAAGUGACCUGGGUGAGAAUGCGCAAGCCCAAUCCCAGAUGUCAAUUAAGCUGUUGUGUGUGGCCAUCUACAGGAUGCCCCCCUCUCUGCGGAGCUUAUGCACCAAUCACUUUUUGGGCUGGCUGUCAUUCGAAGGCAUGCUGCUGUUCUACACUGACUUCAUGGGGGAGGUGGUGUUUGAGGGUGACCCCAAAGCCCCCCAUGACUCUGAGGCCUACCAGCGUUACAACGCCGGUGUCAGCAUGGGCUGCUGGGGAAUGUGCAUCUAUGCUUUUAGUGCAGCCUUUUACUCAGCCAUACUGGAGAAGCUGGAGGAGCGCUUCUCUCUCCGAUCUCUGUAUUUCUUUGCCUACCUGGCAUUUGGUCUGGGCACGGGCCUGGCCACGCUGUCCACCAACCUCUAUGUGAUCCUCUCUUUGUGUGUCACAUACGGGGUGCUGUUCUCCUCUCUAUGCACGCUGCCUUACUCUCUGCUGUGUGAAUACUACCAGAGUCCCCAGUUUUGUGGCUCGUCUGAGGAUGGGACCAGACGAGGAAAGGGGGUGGACAUCUCUCUGCUCAGCUGCCAGUAUUUCCUGGCUCAGAUCCUGGUCUCGGUGGCGAUGGGACCGCUGACCACGCUGGUGGGCGGGGCCCAGGGGGUGAUGUACUUUUCAAGCCUGAUGUCAUUCGUGGGGUGUCUCUAUUCCUCACUCUUCGUGGUGUAUCAUCUGCCCCCACCUGAGGGUAGUGAAGUUGAAACUGGGGUGUGAAUCAGCAUACAGUUGGAACCAAACAGAGGAACCACAAAACUGAUUUGUUGCACUGAAGUUCACAGAAGAUUCACGUGAACAAUCGUUAACCCGGACGUUGGACAACGAAGAAAAGGGACUUUGGGGGGGUGGGGUCACGUUCUCAGCUGCAAGUGCUUAAUCUGGCCAUAAGUGCAUGCUGUAGGUUAUAGGAUUGUUACUUCACAACACCAAAUGAGGCUUCUUCACAAAAAGUAUCAGAGAUUAAUACUAUCCGAUAGUCCCAUCUUUCUCUGGGUGCUGAUUACAACAUCGGAGGGAAAUAGCUCAUCAAAUGAAAUAAGUUUCCACCUCAUUGCUUCAACACUGUUAUUACAUAUUUGCAGUGGCUUAAUGUAACUGAAACAUCAGUUUCUUGUUUUCACGUUAGUCCUUCACGUUGAGCACCUACCUUUCCCAUGCCAGUCACCCCAGACUGAGGAAGCCUUUGCAGACCACGACCUGAAGAACUGU